GUCAUGGCAUGGUGCCUCGUCCAUGUCUGGCGAAGAAGAAAAAGUUUGUGUAGUUUCGACAAACUCAAGAAGACAUCACUAACAACUAGAGAUAGGAGACGCAGAACUGUCUAUUCACACCGGUUUAAUAUCGCUUUAGGGCUUGUCAUUAUCAACGUGACAUUAUUAAAUGUUUUAUCUAAAGGUGGCUGUGCUUAAUUGGUCAUCAUUUAUCAAGUUAUAGCGUUGUUUUAACAACCAAAACCGGCUCAGAGCAGAGAGCGCUUGAGCGGUUCUGGAUGUUUCUUCCACUCAACGUUAAACAUUAAUUGCUGGGUCUUUCAAUUAUCCCGCUAAACGUUAUUACUGGAUGGGUUGUUGGGUUUUCUUUUUUUUCGUCUCCCGAAAUCUUAAUGAAUAGUCUCGCAUCCUCGUCCGCCGCCGGGUGGUCUCGCAUGAACCGUCGGGGGCUCCGCCAGCAGAGCCAGCAGCAGAGCGGGGCUUCAGGAUGAAGAUGCCCAGAGGAGGACGCCUGUUCCUGGCGACGUGCCUCGGCUCGCUCUUCGUUAUCGUGCUUUACUACCAGAGCAUCACCAAGCCAGAACCUGGUGUGAAGACGGACAGCAGACCAGGAAAAAGCAGGAGAAGUCCACUGCAGACCCUCUACAAUGGAGACCAGCAGCUGGAGCUGUUGGCAGCUCAGAGGUCCCUCCAAGGUCGCAGGGAGCUGUUGGAGCAGGCUUGUCUGAGCCACACAAGGAAGCGCCAAGUGCUUUCGUCUGAGGAUCUCAAACACCUCAUUGUGGAUGACAAACACAGCCUUAUUUACUGCUACGUACCCAAGGUAGCCUGCACCAAUUGGAAGCGUGUCCUUAUGGUCCUCACCAGCGACGGCCGCUACACCGACCCCCUUGCCAUCCCUGCAAAUGAGGCCCAUGUGGCGGGUAACCUCCGCACGCUCUCUGAGUUCUCGGUACCUGAGAUCAACCAACGCCUUCGCAGCUACCUCAAGUUCAUCUUCGUGCGGGAGCCCUUUGAGCGCCUUGUGUCCGCUUACCGUAACAAGUUCACCCGUAGCUACAACACCGCUUUCCACAAGCGCUACGGAACCAAGAUCAUCCGCCGGCACCGGCCCGACCCGGAGCACGAAGCUCUGGAGAAAGGGAAUGACGUAUCUUUCCCUGAGUUUGUCCAGUACCUCGUGGACCCUCGGACCCAACGGGAGGAACCUUUUAACGAGCACUGGGAGCGGGUACACUCCCUCUGCCACCCCUGCCUGAUCCACUAUGACGUAGUGGGGAAGUACGAGACUCUGGAACCCGAUGCUCAGGCUGUGCUCAGGUUGGCUGGAGUGGAGGCGAUGCUUCAAUUUCCAACGUCUGGUAAAAGCACAAGGACCGACGGCAACAUGGCCGCACGCUUCUUUAAGCAUAUCAGUCCUUUCUACCAGAAGAAACUGUUCAACCUGUAUCGAAUGGACUUCCUGCUUUUCAACUACUCCACACCAGAGUACCUCAGGACUCGAUGAGGGGCAGAUAAUAAAGGAUUGACAUCAGUGCCAUGGAUGUGUGAUAGUUCCCCUUCAGACUUUUGGUUAGUGAUGAUCAUUUUGCACUUUCUGGUUGCCACGGACAAUUUUCAUCCCUGCGAGGAGUGGUACAUCACAAGCAUUGACUUGUCACUAUGAUCCUUCAACCAAAACAGCUGUGGAGAAAGACUUGAUGUUUUGGUUUCAGUGAAUGGAACCAAAUUCUUCCUGAGAAGAAAAGACAAAUCGACAGCUGUAAUCUACCGAUCAUCUGUCAGGUCAUAUUUGUCUGUUUGCUUUCUAGCGUGAAAACAAAGUGGCGUAUUGUUUUGAUGUUUUGGCAGAACAGAAUGCAGACGGGUUGUUCCCAAAAUGUGUUUGAACAUGCAGGUGAUACAUUAACUGUCUUUACAAACAGGUCCUUUAGUCUCAGAUAGAAUUCAGCACACUGGAAACCGCUUAUAGUGAUCAUGGUGACAGUGAUCAAGCGCUUAUAUGGAUCAAAAAGCUCGGGACCGAAUCAUUCCUAUACAAAUGCUGUUUAAAUAAUUCGCUGAAAGUAAUCAAGCAGUCCGCUUACUGUGUUUAUUUGAGGUCUUUCCAUACAUGAUAAGAUAUGGAAAAACAUUUUAAAACAUUAGACUAAUGUUAAUUGAAUUUUUGUUUUGUUUUUUAACUUUACUCCCGUGACACUUUGCCUCGCGGACCGUCUGCUUUCCGGCUGGAUAACGAAUGCGCACGGUUAAAGCGCCUGUGGUUGAAGCCGCCCUUGUCAAGUGGAUUGCUAACUCCUUGUCACAUAACGCCCCACAAAUUGAAACUUUUUCUGAUCCUCAACCGGCUCUGCGGCACACAUGCAGACCGGUGCCCGUCUCCCUUCAUGCCGCUACCGAAUGUGCGAACAAGGAGCACGGGCAAAGGGGCGCCGUUCAUCUGCAUGUACGCUCGCGCUGCAAGAGCCGGCCAAAAAACUGCAAUGCCUCUCCCUCGAUGAGGGAAAAGGCAGAAGAAGGGAGCCAGUAAAUAGUGAAGCGGUCUGUUUUGUUACCUUGUAUUCAUGUAAUGAAUAUACUGUAUAAGUGUCAAUUA